AUGAUAACAAUUACCAACGACAUGAUAGCAAAUAGUGAAUCUACUAUUGAUAAAUUGAUAUCAAUAUGUUGGAAAAGAGUAAGGGGAAACUCCAACUUUAUAUUUUUAUCCCAAAUACGACCAAUUAUUCAUGAAAUGCAAUCCAUAUUACGAGUUGAUUCGAUAUUUAAUGAUAAUGAAAACAAAAUAAUUGAACAAUUUAUUCAAAGUGAUCCGAUGAAGAAACUACAGAAACAAGAAUUUAAAAUGUUUUUAAACAGAUCAGUUCAAUAUGGUAAUAUUCAAAUAUUAUUGCUUAAUCGAUUUAAAAUCACAACUUCUGAAAUUGAAAUGAGAUUAAAAUUAUAUGAUGAAGUUCAUAAUGGUAGUGAUUUACCACUGCCUGUCUCAUCAGAUAGUAGACCAUCAUCAUCAUCUGCUACUAAAGAGUAUAAAUACAAGUUUUGGGAUGAGUUAAAAAAGAAAGAUGAAUAUAUCAAGGAGAAAACACAAGACCUAAACUCUAAAGACAUUAAAUAUUCUCGACUAUUAUCACAAUUUGAUGAUCAGACGGAGGUUAAUAAAAGUCUACAUAAGGAGAAUACUAUACUUAAGAAUUAUAUUAAGGAAUUAGAAUUCAAAUUGUCCCACAAUCCAGAUAAUGAGUCGAGCAGGACAUUACUUUCAAAAUUGAAGGAUCGUGAUUUAACCAUUAAGGAUUUGGAUCAAGUAGGGAAGGAAUAUCGUAAACGAAUCACACAAUUGGAACAAAGAGAAACAGAAACCAAUAUUGCUAUCAAGAAGCUUGAACAAAGUCUUGUGGAGCAAGACAAAUUGGUUGAAGCGUUAAAGGAAAAAUUAUUGUCACAAUCAAAUGAAACAACAACUCCUACAACCAACAUGCUUAAAGAAUUCAUAUGCAGUUUGCCAAUAAUUAAACAAUGGAUUUUAUUUUUAAAAUACAAACAGGACAAUAAAUCCAACAGGAUAUUUGUACUAAAUAUGUUCACUUUGGUGUUGUCUGCUUGGAUGUUUGGAUUGAUGCUACAAUUCGUAUACCGUUCAUCUUCACUAUUAUUUUCUACAUGUUCAGUAACCCCAAAAGCAUAUAUUUACGACAAUUAUGGAAGAAGUAAGAUUUGGAGCAAAUUUAGUUUUGAUUUUUGGCGUCGACUGCCAUGGUUAGAACAAUUUGUGUAUAGGUUUAUCGAUUGGUAA